UAUGUCUAGUAUGUUUUAAGAGACAGCAACAAAAAUGACCUACAAUGUAGGUUGUAUUUGUUUCUUUGAUCAGGUCUCGUCUUUGUUCUUGUACAACAUCUGUUAUCUUGUGAGGGAAAACCCUCAGCGUAAUAGACUCUUGCGAUUGGAGCACGGACAAAAGUCAGUGUUUGGGUCAAUGGAUUAGCGAAUUACGAUCAAGGGAAAUGCAAAUAGCGUAUGUUUUUGUCUGUACAGGUCUUUCACCGGCAUCUUCACAUGUUUAUCAAACUCACGCCGCGAAAUUCGUGCCCAAAUGGACGAAUUUCUAGACUUUGUAGUCUCCGACAAUGAUGGAAAAGUUCGCGAGAUUUUAGAAACGAUUUCAAGCAAGGUUUUUGAUAAAGAAACCGCACUAGGCGAGACCUCUUUGUUAGAUUUUAAAAUCACAGACUUGGAGGAUGCGUUUGUGGAAGCCGCCUUUGCGGGAAGUAUAAACUGCCUACAAGCGCUGCACAAGUAUGUUCCAGAUGUGAAUUGUCAGGGUCGGCUAAGGGAUUCGUGCCCAGACUACUUAAUCUCUCCUUUGCGGGCCGCGGUUGAGGCUGACCGCGUGGAGGUUGUGCACUGGCUGUGUACAAGUGGGGCAAGACCAAACCGGCGUGAGUGCCUAUACAGUAUCAACUACGAUGACGUCAUUUCCGGUCCAAAUUUCUCCAACCAUUGCGCAGUGUCAUGCUACGUUCCACUCCAUUUCGCCCAAAGCCGCGCAUGCGCAGAAACCCUCCUCAAGCACGGCGCAGACAUCAAUGCUCAAGACUGCAUGAGUAAGACUCCGUUGUCAAUGGCAACGCUCGAUGGACGCCUUGUUGUCAUGGAAACUCUCUGUGAAAACGGCGCGCAUGUGGGUCUUGGGAGCACUUGGGGCGCAACACCGCUGGUCUACGCUCAAUAUGCUCGCCGUAAAACUGACCGGAUAUCCGCUACAGAAAUACUUUGUCGCUACGGCGCAUGCGUAAACUUCCAGGACAAAAAUGGCCGCAGUGCAUUGCACGUUACAAGAGAUCCUGAGUGCCUGAGAGUGCUACUGUCAUAUGGCGGUGACCCGAGUCUAGAGACCAUAUUUGGCAAAACUCCUGUAGUUAUGGCUGCGGAGGCUGGGAACUGGGAGAUAGUGCGCAUGCUCUUUGAUGCCCAACCGCGGGUUGAGCUUGGACUGCUGGCGCGAGGGGUAGCGCUUUGUAACCAGUUGCCCCUUGACGUGUUCUCGUGGCUAUUGCGGGCAUCCCGCGAGGUACGCGAACUCAAGCAUUUGUGCCGGUGCGUCAUACGUACGACGCUAGUGCGCACGCGCGGGAACUUGGAUGAUGCUAUUAUUACCCUACCCCUCCCUACAAGGGUCAAGUUGUAUCUGGCUCUUUUGCAGCAUGCUAAAAAUUGAUCAUUCAUCUUGGCAAAAAUGUUCGUCGUCACCACUUCCCAUCAUGAUUAUCAAGAUCAUCAUAGUCAUCAUUCUAUCAAGAUACAGUAGCUGGUGGUGCUAACUUCAACAAUUUCCUUAUAUAGGAAAUCGAACAUACCUUUGGAAAGUAAGCAUUUACUUUCGCUUCUAGAAACGCCAAAAUAGCUGAAUUAUCAUUAAAAACAAGGGAGAAUACAAAACUUACUAGUAGCUUCUAUUGGGAAUAGGUUCUGUCUGGAACAUUCUAGACAUUUGUCACCGAAAUACAACAUGAGGACAUGAAGUUUUAUGGUUUAUCGAGGGCAGGGUCGUUUGCGUUGUGAAGCUAACUAUCUGUGUUUGCUUAUCAGUAGAAAGAGCCUCGGCGCGUAACCAAGGGGGGGAGGGGUGCGCAGGGCGGGAGCACACCCCCCCCCCCCCCAACCUUCCCCUCUGGCCGCCAAAAGGAAAGGAAACCCUUGGGGCGUUCCUGGGGUCAUCAGCAUGACCACCAUCAAAGGGAUACAGCGUGUAGUCCUUCUAGAAUAUUCUAGAAUAUGGCGGCUUAGCGAAAUAUGAGGCACGUGUACAAAAGGGAGACAAAUAUUUGCAUGAAAACAUUGACGUUUUACACAGGGGAGGGGGUAUUAAAAAUAUACAAUAGAAUAGAAAAAAUAUACAAAUAUAUAAAAAGAGGUUGGUGUACUUUAUAAAAUUGUAUUUGUCUAUAUAAUAUUCUAGUAAGAAGUGUAUUGCAAUAAAUGAAUGUAACUGUU